AGGACAUCAUCGCGCAGCGCCGCAGGGCCAUCAGCGCACUGCCCGCCGGCGCCGCCGGCGCGCCCGCGUCGCCGACCCCGCCGCCGCAGGGCCAGGGCGGGUCCCGCGGGGCUCAGGGGCAGUUGCAGCGCCUGCGGGAGACCUCGAUGGACCAGCUCCGGCGCCUCAAGAGCUCCGCGGCCGUGCCCACGGGCGCCCUCGACCUCGACCCCGAGGCGGCGGCGGCGGGCGGCUUCUCGGAGGCGGCGGCGGCCGCCGGGGAGGAGUACGCCGCGCAGGAGUCGUCGCCCACCCUGGCGAUGCGCCGCUCGGGGACGGCGCUGACGGCGGCCUCCUCGCCCGCCGAGGGCAGCGCGUUCUGGCUCGGCCUCUUCGCUGGGGACUCUUCCACCAGCCUGGAACAGAUCCCUAUCUCGGGACGACCGAAAUGGGUAAGGUACGAGUGGGUACAGUGUCCAACAGCCGUUCCUGCUCGUUUUGAACAGGAGUCGUUCUCCGCACCGCCGCGAACGUUGCGC